AUGUAGAGGGCGUUCAACAUGACGUCAAAAAAAUUGCUGAUAGAUAGUAGAUCUUAGGUUCGAGAAAGGAAAGGAUCCUACCAUUUACUCUUUGACGGUUUAGGAAAAUCAUUGAUCAGCCGAAAACAUGAGCAGUGAAAAAGGAGGAGGUCCUCCGCCAAGCUAUCCACCCCAGGGUCAGUAUGGACAACCACCACCGCCUCGCUAUGAUUGUUUGCCACAGCAACAGCCAUAUGGAGCACCAAUGUAUCAGGGUGAUCAUCCUCAUUUCCAGCCUCAGGUGGCUCCGGGACAGAGUCAGAUUCAUGUAGUGCCACCCCCACAGACAUUUUCAGAACCUCCUCCGCCUGAUUACAUGAACAGAGCCAUCUUUACAACUAUCUGCUGUUUCUGGCCUGUGGGAAUCUUUGCCAUAAUGAAAGCUAGUGAGGCAAAAAAUGCCUAUGCCCGUGGUGAUUUUCAAGGUGCAAGAUCAAGUGCCAACUCCGCCCGACAACUUUCCAACAUCGCUAUCUUUGCUGGCGUGGCCAGCAUUGUUGUGUCCAUGAUAAUUGUUGGUAUAUAUGUUGGCCUGAUCAUGACCAACAUGAGAAGUUACUAAUGUCCCAUCUGGUUCCAAGGGACACAACCAACCAACACAGGUGUUGGAGACAUGACACUAGACUGGUUCUUUAUUAUGGCAGCAGGUAAAAAGAAAAAGGAAAAGAUCAGCAUUAAGGAACCCUGUAUCAUAAGGAGAUGUACAUUGAAUAUUGUAUGCUGGUUUAUUAUCUAAAAUCUACUUAUAAAUUUUAUAGCCAUAUGCAGAUUGUUAUAUGACCAUUAAUUCUUUUUAGAAUUUUUUGCCAACCAUCAUCAGAUGGCGGGCUAUUCAAAUCGCUCUGUGUCCAUGGGCCGUCUGUCCAUAAACAAUUUUUGUUAUUGCUAUUUCUGAAGAAGUUAUGGAUGGAUCUUUUUCAAAUUGCAUAUGUAGGUUCCCCUUGGUCCCUAGUUGUGCCCCUUCGAUUUUGGGACAGAUCAAGAAAACGAACUGGCCAACAAACAACCAUCUUUUAAUUUUUCAAUGAAGGGUGUUAUGGCUAUUUCCUGAAAAGUAACAGAUGUAUCUCUCAAACUUCAUAUGUAGGUUCACUUUUGUCUCUAGUUGUGCCCAUGUAGUUUUGGGACGGAUCAGGAAAAAAAUGGCCGAAAGGUGGCCAUCAUGGAUUUUGACUUUGAAAAAUUGUUAUUGCUAUUUCUUGAGAAAUACUGUAUACGUCUUUUAACAAGUUUCCUACAUAGGUUCCUUUAGGUCCCUAGUUGUGAUCUAAAUUUGGGACUGAUCAGAAAAACAAAACGGCUGCCAGGCAGCAAUCUUGUAUUUUAACUUUGAAAAUUUGUUAUUGCUAUUUCUUGAGUAGUUGAAUGAUCUUUCUUAAAUGGAUGUCUCUUAAAUUUCAUACGUAUGUUCCCUUUGGUCUCUCCUUUUGCCCGUUUGAUUUUGGGACUGAUUAGAAGAAUCAUAAUGGCUUCCAUUUUGGAUUUUGUAGGUAAAGAUUAUCAUUGCCAUUUCUGCAGAGGAAUGUUCAAAUGUCUUAUCAUUAAGCAAAAAAUAAGAAGAGCAGAUAAACAUGAAACAAUGGUUGGCACCAAGAUCCCUCUGGGAUGACUUGUUGUAGAUACGGUAAAUACAUGUAUUUAGAUGUCUGAUUGACAGGAUUUAAACAGGAGUUCUAUAUUUGUUUUAUCGUCUCAUGUCAUCAUGUUAUACAUCUAACUUAUACAGUUUGUAAGUCUAUCACUUAUGUAGGGGGCCCUCUUAUUCAUUUUGAAAGUGUUUUGUUGAAUGAUAGAUAUUAAAUUAGAUCAUAUUUUAAGGUGGAAGUAUUAAAAUUUUAGAGUGAACUAGAAAUCUUGGGGAAGUUUUGAUGUUUUUAUAUACAGUAUUUUUAUAGUUAUUCUUACUGCAAAGUUAAUUUUAUUUCAAUUCAUUUUAUAGUGUUUUUUUUUACACUGUCACUGUUAUUAAAUUCUCCCAAGAAUAAAAAAUAUUUCCUGGUCGAUGGUGCCUAGAUAUUUUUUCACUAAUGGCUCUUGACUCAUGAGUCUGAGGCUUUUGUUAGUGUUGUCUGAGGUGUGAUGGCAGCCCUGAUAAAGAACCUCUGACUGUGAGGCUUUUGUUAGUGUUGUCUGAGGUGUGAUGGCAGCCCUGAUAAAGAACCUCUGACUGUGAGGCUUUUGUUAGUGUUGUCUGAGGUGUGAUGGCAGCCCUGAUAAAGAACCUCUGACUGUGAGGCUUUUGUUAGUGUUGUCUGAGGUGUGAUGGCAGCCCUGAUAAAGAACCUCUGACUGUGAGGCUUUUGUUAGUGUUGUCUGAGGUGUGAUGGCAGCUCUGAUAAAGAACCUCUGACUGUGAGGCUUUUGUUAGUGUUGUCUGAGGUGUGAUGGCAGCCCUGAUAAAGAACCUCUGACUGUGAGGCUUUUGUUAGUGUUGUCUGAGGUGUGAUGGCAGCCCUGAUAAAGAACCUCUGACUGUGAGGCUUUUGUUAGUGUUGUCUGAGGUGUGAUGGCAGCUCUGAUAAAGAACCUCUGACUGUGAGGCUUUUGUUAGUGUUGUCUGAGGUGUGAUGGCAGCCCUGAUAAAGAACCUCUGACUGUGAGGCUUUUGUUAGUGUUGUCUGAGGUGUGAUGGCAGCCCUGAUAAAGAACCUCUAACUGCGAGGCUUUUGUCUGACAUUGGCAUUUGAUAAUCACCCAAACUAAUGUUGUUUUCGUUUAAUGAAUGCUGGUACCACAGAGGGUGAAUCUCAUUAGAAAAUAAUAUUACUGGGUUGUUGUGUAGUAGUAGGGAGCAGCCAUUUUUGCCAGUAUUGAUAAGAAUUUUAUCAUUUUAGUUGCUGUAAUUGAUAUAACAUUAGACAUGAGCACUUUCAGUGCUGUCCAUGGUGUUUUAAUGAGAUGAUAUUGUUAUAAGAAUUCAAAAUUGUUUAACAAUAUGCAAUAUAUUUACAAAUAUUCUAAUAUGCAAAUUCCAUUUUUUUAAGACAACUCCCUGCCUUAAUAAAUUUUCAAUUCAAAGUGACUUUUGAUGUAAUUGAAUGUAAAUAUUUUAUAUCUGAUUUGACCUAAAGAAAAAAUCUUUUGAAUAUGUCUUGAUCUUCAAUUUUCGUUCCUUGUAUAUCUUAACUGGGAUUGAGCUUUUUCCUUAGUGUGACUCCAAGCAUCUAUUCUUCUGGAUAUUUCUCAUUAGAAGACACUGUUCAAUGUUGUCACUGAAAUUUCAUAAGAAAAGCAAAAUCAACUACUUCUAGUUUGACCACAAAUGUUCAAUGUUCCAGGUGGGCCAUAGCACACCAAGUACCUCUUAUUUUUAUGUCAUAUAUUUUAUUUAUUUAGAUGGAAAAUUUCUGUUUGGAAUCGGAAGCUGAUAAGAAAGUAAAAGACUUUUUAUUUGAACUUUUACAAUUUAUCUAACUGCUGUUAAUUUUUUGUAAUGCUGUUGUAUAUUUUAAAGUAUGAUGUUUAUAUAUAUACUUGUAUCUUUCAGUUAAACAUGUUAAAAGGA